AUAAGAAAAGAGAAUCCAUUAAGUUAAUAUCUAAAAUAAUGGAAAUUCAAACAUUUAUAUUCUACGAUUUGGAAACAACUGGUUUGAUUCAAGGAAAGAUCAUGCCAAGAAUCACGGAAAUUGCUUUAGUUGCUGUUACAAGAGAGUCGAUAUGUAAUUGCAACAAAGCAUCUUUGCCGCGAGUCUUGCAUAAGCUAAUACUUCCGAUCAAUCCCCAAAAAAUCAUACCACCAACUGUAGCAUAUAUGACAAAAUUAUUUAACGAGGACAUGUUGCUACUGCAGCCUUUUGAGUGUGAAGUUUAUGAGUUAAUAAUGUGCUUUCUACAGCGUCUCACACCACCAAUUUGUUUUGCAGCACAUAACGGCAACAGAUUCGAUUAUCCGAUAUUCUUGCAUGAACUCGAGUGCAUAAAUAAGGUUUUUGACGACAAAAUUCUGUGCAUUGAUACAUGGAAGAUGUUUCAAGAUUUCUUUAAGAAAAAAGAUUUGGAACCAAAGACAGUCCAAGAUUUAUUGGAUGAUGAGUACAAUGAUUCGCUCUCCAUGUUGGAUAUAGAUGUAGUAAUAAUGGAACAAAAGACUAAAAUUAAUGCCAUGCCCAUUUCGCAAGCGAUGCCUCCCUAUAACGAAUAUAUCAAAGUUAUAAACGAUAAGAAAAACGAUACAAACAAGGAGUAUAACGAUGACAUCGAUGUCGAAUCGCCGGAGGAUUUUAGACAAAAAGCUAACGAAAAAACGCCAGAGAAUCAAGUAAUGAGGCAGCAUGAGACUGUUCUUGUAGAAAGACCAUUUAAAAAAAAUAAUCCAAGGAAGAAAUUGGAUUUUGGUUGCGAAAGACCAGUCAGCCUUAAACUCGGCGCCAUUUAUGAAUAUAUGUUUGAUUCAAAUUUUCCUCACGAACAUUCGGCCGAGGCCGAUUGUCUCGCCAUGAUACGUUGCAUCACCAAUAUUGUCGACUUCUUUCUUGAGUGGUCAGAUAAUAAUGCAACUCCAUUGGUUUGCUGUAAAAAAAUAUAGUGCAAUAUUAAUUGAUAUUUUAGACAAUAAAAAUGAUAUACAAACAAAUGAAAAAUGAUACAGAAUUAUGCAGUACAAAGGGGAUAUAUGUGAUUAUUAUGAA